UACUUCCGCUCCAGAACGGAAGUGAGAGUCGGGAGGCCGCCGGGCUUCCUGAGGGGGAAAAGUGUGAGGUUGGGGCCAAAAUGGCGGCGGGGCCCAUCUCUGAGAGAAACCAAGAUGCCACCGUAUACGUUGGCGGCUUGGAUGAAAAGGUCAGUGAGCCGCUCCUCUGGGAACUUUUUCUCCAGGCAGGCCCGGUCGUGAACACCCACAUGCCCAAAGACAGAGUCACUGGGCAGCACCAAGGGUAUGGAUUUGUGGAGUUCCUUAGCGAAGAGGAUGCUGAUUAUGCCAUCAAGAUUAUGAACAUGAUCAAACUCUAUGGGAAGCCGAUCCGAGUCAACAAGGCUUCGGCCCACAACAAGAACCUGGACGUGGGGGCCAACAUCUUCAUUGGCAACUUGGACCCCGAGAUCGAUGAGAAGCUGCUCUAUGAUACAUUCAGCGCUUUUGGGGUCAUCCUGCAGACCCCCAAGAUCAUGCGUGAUCCUGACACGGGCAACUCCAAGGGUUACGCCUUCAUCAACUUUGCCAGCUUCGAUGCCUCGGAUGCGGCCAUCGAGGCCAUGAAUGGACAGUACCUCUGCAACCGCCCCAUCACCGUCUCCUAUGCCUUCAAGAAAGAUUCCAAGGGGGAGAGGCACGGCUCAGCUGCCGAGCGCCUCCUGGCCGCCCAGAACCCGCUCUCACAGGCCGACCGGCCUCAUCAGCUCUUUGCUGAUGCUCCUCCCCCUCCAUCGGUGCCAACCCCAGUUGUUACCUCUUUAGGACCCGGAGUCACUCCUCCAGGGAUCCCUCCACCUGGUUCGUUCCCUCCACCGGUACCACCGCCAGGAGCUAUGCCUCCAGGAAUGCCUCCAGCCAUGCCACCCCCACCUAUGCCUCCAGGGGCCGGGGCCCCAGGACCACCUUCGGGAGCUGCUCCUGCAGGGGCGCAUCCCCCCCACCCUCAUCCUUUCCCUCCCAGCGGGAUGCAUCCAGGGAUGCCUCAAAUGCAGGUCCACCACGGAAUGCCUGGGAUGGGCCCCCACCAUCCGGGGCCACCAGGGGCAGGAGGGCAGCCACCACCCCGCCCGCCUCCUGGCAUGCCGCACCCUGGGCCCCCGCCCAUGGGGAUGCCACCCCGAGGGCCUCACUUCGGAUCACCGAUGGGUCACCCCGGCCCCAUGCCCCCCCACGGGAUGCGUGGGCCACCUCCCCUGAUGCCACCCCACGGAUACAACGGGCCCCCUCGCCCCCCUCCCUACGGCUACCAGCGAAUCCCUCUUCCACCUCGCCCCGCCCAGAGACCGAUGGUGCCUCCCCGGGGGCCCAUGCGGGGGCCCCUCCCGCCCUAGGCCCCAGAAGCUCACCGCCCUGCGCCCGUGGGGGAACUUCCUGCUCGUGGACUCCUCCAGGCUGCCCUGUUUGGUUUCUCUUUGGACAAACAUUCCGGCAAGUCCUGUCUCUCUUCCCUUUGUGAAAAACUCGGCCUCCUGCCUUGGGCAGCUGUCGGGUUUUGCUCCUCCUUGGUUUGUCUGUCUGUUUUUAGUUCCUUUGCCUCAAGAGAGGUGAACAGGUUUUAAGAUUCUUUUUAUCAUUAUUAUUAUUAUUUUUGUGGAAUCUGACAUAUGCAGAUGAAAUUUGGAAAUAAAAAGUUGAGGAAAACCCUCUUUGGAGA